AGGAGCCCUGUGAAAAAAAACAAGAUCAAUAAAAAAAAAAAAUACGGCUAUAAAUCAGCCACGUGGAGCUACUGCUGCAGCCGCGGUAGCCGACUUCCUGGUUUGCUUCCUGCAAGCCUCAGGCAGGGGAGAUCUGGCAGUAGGCAUCGGGAAAGGAAGGGCAGCCUAGGGAAGGCUGCAGGUCCACCUGAGGGGCGACGGGUGGCAGCAUCCUGGGAGUGCGGGGGCUUGGUCAAGGACAGAGUUUUAGUCCACAAUUGCUAUAAAAGUUUGGGGAUCUGGAAGCUUUAAGAGGCUGAGCCGUAGGGCAAAGGCUAAGAUGAGACCCCGGGGGAAAGUGUUAAGUUAGUUCCAAGGUUACUAGGGACUCGCAGGGGGUUCUCGCGGCGGCGGGUGGAGAGAGGGCGGGGGGGAGCACUGCGGAGCUAGAGCAGGCAGGUAGAAAGGAAGCCUGGAGAGCUAGUAGCCACUCCGGCCGGUCGGAGCUCUGCGGAGGCCGCCAGAGGGGAGGGGGGUGCGGCAGCGGAGCGCAGAGGCAGGCGCGGGGAGGGGGCGGAGGGGAGAGCCAGGGGAAGGUAAAGCCGAGGGGAGUUCCGGAUCUGGAGCUGGAGAGGGCAGGCGGUGGGGAGGGCGGCGGGCGUAGCGAUCCGGGUGGGGGAAAGAGGAGGAGGAGGAGGAGGAGGAGGGCCGGGGGAGGGGGAAGAAGGGAGGGGAGAGCGGUGGUGGCGGCGGCUGCGCCGGGCUGUGUGUCUCUCUCGCCGCCGGAGGAAGAUGAGGCUGAAGAUCGGGUUCAUCUUACGCAGUUUGCUGGUGGUGGGAAGCUUCCUGGGGCUCCUGGUGCUCUGGUCUUCCCUGUCCUCGCGGCCCGACGACCCGAGCCCGCUGAGCAGGAUGAGGGAAGACAGAGAUGUCAAUAACCCCAUGCCUAACCGAGGAGGCAAUGGAUUAGCUCCUGGGGAUGACAGAUUCAAACCUGUGGUACCAUGGCCUCAUGUUGAAGGAGUAGAAGUGGACUUAGAGUCUAUUAGAAGAAAAAACAAGGCCAAAAAUGAACAGGAGCGUCAUGCUGGAGGAGAUUCCCAAAAAGACAUAAUACAGAGGCAGUUCCUCACGUUUAAGCCUCAGACAUUCACCUACCACGAUCCUGUGCUACGCCCAGGGGUCCUCGGUAACUUUGAGCCCAAAGAACCCGAGCCUCACGGAGUGGUUGGUGGCCCUGGAGAGAAAGCCAAGCCAUUGGUUCUGGGACCAGAAUACAAGCAAGCAGUUCAAGCGAGCAUUAAGGAGUUUGGAUUUAACAUGGUGGCAAGUGACAUGAUCUCACUGGACCGCAGCGUCAAUGACUUACGCCAAGAAGAAUGCAAGUAUUGGCAUUAUGAUGAAAACCUGCUCACUUCGAGUGUUGUCAUUGUCUUCCAUAAUGAAGGAUGGUCAACCCUCAUGAGAACAGUACACAGUGUGAUCAAAAGAACACCGAGGAAGUAUUUAGCAGAAAUUGUCUUAAUUGAUGAUUUCAGCAAUAAAGAACAUUUAAAAGAAAAACUGGAUGACUACAUAAAACUGUGGAAUGGCCUCGUGAAGGUGUUUCGAAAUGAGAGAAGAGAAGGUUUAAUUCAAGCUCGAAGCAUUGGCGCACAGAAGGCUAAACUCGGACAGGUUUUGAUAUACCUUGAUGCCCACUGUGAGGUGGCAGUUAACUGGUAUGCUCCACUUGUAGCUCCCAUAUCUAAGGACAGAACCAUUUGCACUGUGCCGAUUAUAGAUGUCAUAAAUGGCAACACAUAUGAAAUUGUACCCCAAGGGGGUGGUGAUGAAGAUGGGUAUGCCCGAGGAGCAUGGGAUUGGAGUAUGCUCUGGAAACGGGUGCCUCUGACCUCUCGCGAGAAGAGACUGAGAAAGACAAAAACUGAGCCGUAUCGGUCUCCAGCCAUGGCUGGUGGAUUAUUUGCCAUUGAAAGAGAGUUCUUCUUCGAACUAGGUCUCUAUGACCCUGGUCUCCAGAUUUGGGGUGGUGAAAACUUUGAAAUCUCCUACAAGAUCUGGCAGUGCGGCGGUAAAUUAUUAUUUGUCCCUUGUUCCCGGGUUGGACACAUCUACCGUCUUGAGGGCUGGCAAGGAAAUCCUCCACCCCUUUAUGUUGGGUCUUCUCCGACUCUUAAGAAUUAUGUUAGAGUUGUAGAAGUUUGGUGGGAUGAAUAUAAAGACUACUUCUAUGCCAGCCGUCCUGAGUCAAAGGCACUGCCCUAUGGGGAUAUAUCCGAACUGAAGAAAUUUCGAGAAGAUCACAACUGCAAAAGUUUCAAAUGGUUUAUGGAAGAAAUCGCUUAUGACAUCACUGCCCACUAUCCUUUGCCACCCAGAAAUGUUGAGUGGGGAGAAAUCCGAGGCUUGGAGACUGCAUACUGCAUUGAUAGCAUGGGGAAAACAAAUGGGGGCUUCGUUGAACUAGGACCCUGCCACAGGAUGGGCGGGAACCAGCUUUUCCGAAUCAACGAAGCAAAUCAGCUCAUGCAGUACGACCAGUGUUUGACAAAAGGGCCCGACGGAUCUAAGGUCAUGAUCACACACUGCAACCUAAAUGAAUUUAAGGAAUGGCAGUACUUCAAGAACCUGCACAGGUUUACUCACAUCCCUUCAGGAAAGUGCUUAGAUCGAUCAGAGGUCCUGCAUCAAGUCUUCAUCUCCAGCUGUGACGCCAGUAAAACGACUCAGAAGUGGGAAAUGAAUAACAUUCACAGUAUUUAAAAACGGAUAAAAGAAGCCAACAAUCUACCUACUGACAAGUACGUUUAGAGAGGACUGAAACCCGCCUGGAACCUGCUGCAACCAUUGUUAUUAAUUCUGUACAGCUCCAAACCUGGAACCUCUGAUCAGCUCGAAGGACGUUGAUAAACUGUGAUUUUUACAAUAACAUUAUCAUCUGCAGUUACUGUUUACAAAACUGCUUUUACCUUAAACUCUGUAGAUGUUUACAUCGUUUUUCUUUUGUUUUAAGAUGACGUUGGUAAUCUGUGCCUUUAACUCGGCUUUCAGAACAGAGUUAAAGCAUAUGUUGUCUUCUUUGGGAAUACACUCAGGGGUCUGAAAGGCAGUUUGGUUUUUGUUGUUGUUGUUGUUGUUGUUGUUGUUAACACACUUGAAAAAAAAAAAAAAGGUUGGAGUAACCAGCUUCUCGUAUUUGACUUGGUGGUUAUCAACCUGCUGUGUCUUUAUUUAAUUCGACAUCUUUCUGAAGCACUGCCACAGGUCUUUAGCCAAGGUGGCCUUCCUUCAGUCAUGCUGCUUGUUUGAAAGGUGAAUUUCAACACAUUUAGUGCCUCUUUCAUUUCUCAGUAUACUUUUUGAGAGCUUAUAGUGAAAUUUAUACGAUGGUAACAAUGGAUGGACCGUCACCUGGAUGGGGGAUACCUCUAUCACUCAGAAAUGAAUUUCUGGGCUGCCAUUGACUAUGAAGUUGAAUGAUAUAUGGCUGAAAGAAGAACAGUGGGGACCAUCUCAAGGCCGUUCCAUAGGGCUUGAAGAUUCUGUGGCAUUAACUCGCUUGCCUGCUGGUAUUCUCAACGCCCUCGCUCACACCAACUUUGAGGCUAGCAAAGGGGUCUUCCUACUAAGAAAAACUGCCCACCUACAUUUUGCAUCUACAUUCCCCAGCAUCUGUCACUCUAGAAAACCGGAAGUAAUUCUCAGUUUGAAACUUGAAAAGGGGGUUAGGGCAGAAUAACAACACAAUAAGUCCAGCGUCAACAACUUAGGGUUGGUUCUGAGGAAGGAAUUCCGAAGCCCUUGUUAGCUAUAAAGCCUUAGAAAACUGCGGUACAGCCUAAGCUGUGAAACCAAGAUGAGCUGAUACUUGUCUUCAUCCAAAUGAAAUUCCAUGUACAUUGUUUUUUAAUUUAAGAAAAUUAGCAUCGAAGAACACAGAUCAUCAACAAAUGUGAACUGCAUUCCGUUAAGUUAGGUGUUAGUUCUGUAGGGUUCCUUAAUUGCUUUUUUAGGAAUUUUUUUUUUUAAUAUUUACCAAUUAAAUGAUUUAAUUUGAACAUUUAUUUAAGACAAUACCUACUUUAAGAGAACCAAAUGUUGCAAAUUUUAAUUUCUAAGAAGUCUUCUCUUACCCAAAAAAAAUUAAAAUGUCUACAUUGAGUGCCAAAAAAGAAAAGCAAUGUGAUAAUUUGGGGACAGGUAAAUUAAGCAUUUUUGAUCUUAUAAUCAUGAUAUCAUUACAAUGAAAGAAAUUCACAAACUACUGCCAGAAGGAAAUAUUUUUAAUUAAGGCUUAAAAAUGGGGAAAAAAAAGCCUACAUUUGUUUAGAAGAAAAGUCUACAAUUUUUUUUCUUCUAACCUUAGUUCUUCAAUUUGGACAGUAAAACUUAAACAUCCUGAGCAGAGUUUUAUUUAUAAUUUUGAAUUGUCAGUUUGUAUUUUGCUACUGAUCUGUGAUCAACUAUUUAAACUUUCAUUCAUCUCUAGGGACAUUUAAAAAGAAAUGCAUUUAUAUGCUUAUAUAAUUGCAAAUAAAUCAACUAUAAAAAGGAAAAUAAGAGAAGUGGUAAUUACUUGUGUUUGAAAUUAACACUAUUUUCCAUGUUGAAUAGAUAAUGACCUUGUAUCUAUGCAUAGGCUAAGAAAGGUUGCACAUGAACUGUGCAUGUAAUUUUAUGGGUAAAUUAAAUUGUUUUUAGUACAAUUCGUUAGGACACUGUACGAACAUGAUUCUAUAUAUUGAAAUCAGAAACCUUACCACACAUGAAAACAUCAGAAGCUGCCGCCAUGAUGACUAUUUUGUACUUUAGGCUGCUUUGGAAAUAAUCCCCAUAUCCUUGCUUUGUAAGUUGAUAAUAUCACUAUGCAUUUCUACACAUUUUAUAAAUUUGAUUUAUGCAGAUUUUGAUACACUGUAUGUUUCUGUAGAAAUUGUACAAAUAUUCAAAAUUUUAUUAGGGUAAACUUGAGAAGCUUAUGUAUAUCUUAAUUCUGGGUUGCUUGUUUUUUAGGUGAGAAAAAAUAAAAUAUUGUAUUUUAAUCCGUA